GUUCUGCGUGGGCCCAGUUCGGCUCCCGGAGGCCGCAAUAUAGCGAAGAGCCUCCCGCGGUGGUUGUUUUUAAAGCGAAAACAGCGAGAGAGGCCGAACAUAUAGCGAAGAACGCCAGGGGGUCUGGGAGAGGAGCGCCCCGGCGGACACCAGCGGCGAGCAGGUGCUUCUUUGGCUGCCGCGCCUCGAGCGGCUGCGGGGCGCCCCGGCCGACAUCGGCGGCAAGCUGGUCGGCCCGCUGCUGCCGGCCGCCGCCCUGCUCUCCCGGCUCCCGGGCACGGCCGCCCAGGGCGCAGGCAACCUCGCCAAGGGCGCCGGCGACGUUGCCAGGUCGGCCGCGGAGGCUCCAGAGAGCAUCCGCCGAGCCGCAUCGGGUGUCAGCCGCCUCCCCGGCAUGCUCAAGGAGCGCCUGGUCGACCAUCCCAUUGGAGUGCUGGUGGGCACCGUGGAGGUGGUUAUUCAGGUCCCGGGAAAUGUUCAGUCGUCCAUGCACACCGCCCGCGAGGCUGCCACGGGCCUCUCCAAGAUCCCAAGCUACGCGGCGAGUCGCGUUGAAAGAUCGGUGGGCGGCGUCACCAGUGCUGCUCUGGCCGCGGGGCAGGCCGCAGAAUUCACAGCCGCCGCGGUGAGCAGAACGCUCGACGCCGCUGGGAAGGCGGGCGUCCCCGGUCUCGUGUCGGAGACGGCCCGGAGCGUGUUCAUUGACGUCUUCAUGAUAGGACGGGACCCCGCUCGCGAGGAGCAGAUCACCGGGCGCAGCGCGGGUGCGGCGAGCGAGCUGGUGUUUGCGCUUGCUAGGGCGGUCGCCGAGGCGCUCAAUCAGAGCGGGGCUGCGCAGUCGGCAGAAGAACACGGGAACGAAGCAUGACAUUGCCCAAUCAGUGCUCGCACUGAAGGGGUCCCAGCGGAUAUGGCA